AUGAGAAAUACCCAGUUUAAUUUAGAUGGAAGAAAAAGAAGAAAAGGGAAAAAAAGAUUCUCAAGGUAGAUCUGCAACAGCGCCAUUGCGAUCCUAGGGAACAUCACCAUCCCUUAGAUUUGCAGAAAGCUGUUUCAUCUACGUGGAAGGGACCAGAUGUUCUUCUCUCCUCCGCAAGGGGGCAUGCAUGUGUCUUUCCACAGGAUGCCGAGUCACCAGUCUGGAUUCCGGACCGCCUCAUCACAUCAUACAAUCCCAGGGCAGAAAAGCAGAAAGUCUCCCCUCAACAACCGUCAGCGAAAGAUGAGAGCGGAGCGUGCCUCAUUCCUGAUGACGCCAGACAGCUCUGAGCAGCGCCUCACUUCUGCUUUCACCAGGCUUCAGCUGCAUGGUCGCUCAUCUACCACGCUGUUGCCAACUUGGGAUCAGCUUCAAGAACUGGUCUCUGCUGCAAGAGAUAGUGUGCUUCCUCUCCGCCUCCCAGUUACUCCCUCCAAUCUUCUCCUGCUAUGCUUUCACUUCUCUUCACCCAGAUGCUGGGAGAGAAUCAUCAUUCCCUGGAACUUCCCUAAGCAAGAAUCAGGCGAAGAAGGAAAAGGAGAGGCUGAUUAAAGAGCUGCAGCUCAUUACCGAGGAGAGAAAUGACCUGAGAGAUCGCCUGAGGUUUCUGACAGAGAGAUCCACUAAAAAUAGGCCACACUUCAGGCCAAAUCCAUAUUAUGAAGACCUGGAGAGAAUAGAGGAGGAGGUCAUGUCAAUUCUGCACAACUUAGAGAUGGAGAACACUGAGAUCCAUGAGACCAACCAUAAGCUGAAGAAGGAGAUGACCUUCUCUAGAAACCUGCUCAGCCAGCUCCUGAUGGAGAACACAUGUAGGAAGAAGUUGGUCCCACGGAAGCAGGGGAGCAGGGAGGGACAUCUUGAGUGUGCACUGAAACAGAAAUAUUUGGUUGACUUCAACAAGAAAGAUAAAGACCAGCAACGUCCAGACCCAGCAUCAUCUGGUCUAAGAAAGUGCAAGAGAGCUGGAAUUGGACACACACCAGUAAGAGAGCUUCCUGAAGAAUAAGUUGCUUUCUCAGGAGUCCCUGAUGACAAACAUCCUGAAUGAAAUCACCACUUAAGAGACACCUUGGGGGACCGCCUUUCAUUUCUGUGCUAGAGGAGAACCAGCAAUACAUCUGUGCUUCUACAUGUUCGUUAAGAAUCUGCUUUUAGAAAUAUUUUUGUUAUGAUUUUAAUUGAAAUUUUCUUUUUGUUGUUUCAUAUUUAUAUGUUCCUGUUACUAUUUUUCACUUUCAAAUAUUUUUAAAUAUUUUUAUUCAUUUUAAUCCUUUUGUGUUAUAAAAUGUAUUUGUUAUGAAUAAAAAUUGAAGUCU